AUGCUUCUUUGGAUAGAACAUCCUUAUACUACUGGGGAUUCACAAGAAGCUUCAGCGUCAGACUCUGAAGUUGACAAUGAUGAAUAUAAAGAAUCAAAUUUCUCUAGCGACUCCAGUACCACCUCACCUUACAACAGUGCAUAUACUGAAUUGGUUCUUGUGCCUGAUCAAGAAAUAGAGAUUGAUGCUCCUUCACCCAUUGAGUUUGCAUUGGUUGAAAAUGAUGAUGAAGAUGAAGGUCCUUUAUCAAACCCUCCUAUAUAA